ACACCAGAGUAUAACAGAGCAAACUCGGCAAACUUACAUAUUUGUUCAAUUACCAAGAAGUGAUGUUAUUUAGUCAAUACAUAGAAAUUAUUACAUAUAUAAUAAUCAUUUAAUUAAAUCAACUGACAUUUAGUUAUUCAAGUUUGUUGUGUGAACAAAGUUUUUUUUUAUAAAAUAAUUUUUAAAAAAGUUUUAAAAUGUCUUUGUUGAAUUCUAAUAACGGGAAUAAUCAUCCAGAAGAUGAAGAAAACGGAGAUAACGAGACUGAAACAAGAUAUCCAGAUGGGACCGUAAAAUUACGUAAUCCAAAUAUUGAAUUAAUGGAUCAAGAUAUAUUGUAUCAUUUGGCAUUGGGAAGUGAAUCGCAUGACCUUGUCGAAAUGUUUGGUGAUGUAAAAUUUGUAUGUAUGGGUGGAACGCCAAAACGUAUGGAACAAUUCGCUAAAUACAUAAUGAAAGAAAUUGGGUAUAAAUUACCAUCCGGUACUCAACUUAUGGAUAUUACGGAAUUUUCGUAUCGUUAUUCUAUGUAUAAAGUGGGUCCAGUAUUAGCAGUUAGUCAUGGAAUGGGUAUUCCAUCAUUGGGAAUUCUUUUACAUGAAGUAAUUAAACUAAUGUACCAUGCUAAAUGUAAAGAUCCCGUUUUUAUUAGAUUAGGAACAAGUGGCGGUAUUGGAGUCGAACCUGGUACUGUUGUUAUUACUGAAGAAGCUGUUGAUCCUAUGUUACACAAUGUCUAUGAACAGAAAAUCUUGGGUAAGGUAGUUAAUCGACCAGCAAAAUUAGAUAAGCGAUUAUCUAAAGAAUUAAAAAGUUUAGCAUGUCCAGAUGAUCCUUAUCCAACAAUAAUUGGUAAAACAAUGGCCACUGAUGAUUUUUAUGAAGCUCAAGGGCGAUUGGAUGGUGCUUUCUGUGAUUACACCGAAGAGGAUAAAAUGGAAUAUUUAAAUAAAUUACAUGCUGCUGGAGUUGUGAACAUUGAAAUGGAAGCAACUGCUUUUGCAGCAUUAACUUAUCAUGCUGGUAUUAAAUCAGCAAUUUGUUGCGUAACUCUUGUUGAUCGUCUUAAAGGAGAUCAAGUCUGUUCACCUAAAGAAGUGCUAAUGCACUGGCAACAACGACCAUUAACAUUGAUUGGACGUUAUAUUAAGAAACAUCUACAAAUCACAGAACGAGUACCAUUCGAUCAUGGAUCAAUGUGCGUCAAAAGUCCACGAAGAUUUAAACUUGUUCAGCAAGAAUCUCAAACAUUUGAUUAAUACCAUUUUCGAUGUCUAAAUGCUAUUUUCUAUUUUACUAUGACAAUUUUAUUUAAAAAAGAAACGAUCAUAUCUAUUGACUGCCAAAAAACAAUUUUUGGAAAUGUUUUUUCAAUCGUUUGUUGAAGUUAGUGAAGAAAUUUAAUAACCAAAAUUUUAUAUCGUAUUUUUCGGAUAAUAAGAUGAACUUUUUUUAUACAGAGUCUGUAAGCUUUUUUUACAAAUCGUCUCGAAAUAUUUAGGGUGCGACUUAUUGUCCAAAAUAUAUGAUAAAUAAUUUAUCCUCUUCGUUUACGUUUUCUUUCUGGCGUAUUUUCGUCUAAAAAUGUUUCGAAUUGUAUUUAAAUAAAAAAAAAAAACUCGCCCAAAAACUAAAUUUAUUUUUUUCUAUUUUUUUAAAUGGGUAAAUUUAUUUUCUAAAUAAUUCAUAUCAAUCCAACGAAAUUUUCAAAGAAUUUGAACACAUUCUAAACAGUAUUCAUAUAAACUUAUUUGUAGAUGAUAAGGAAAUGUAGUAAAAUAUUUUCCGUUGAGAAAAAUGUUAAAAAAAAUAUAAAUUUUAGUACAAAUUUCAGAAUAUUUCUUCGGCAACAUCAGUUGUAUUGGCAGUGUAUUUUCCGAUAUAACAACAUAUAUAACCGUAUAAAAUUUGAAAAUAUAAUAAUAAAUAAUUCUAAAGCCCAUUUCUACAAUGAAAAUUGAUCUAACUUAGAAUGGAUUCAAUCUCGUCAUCAAUUUUCUAGCAAAUAAGUACCAGGAAUUAAUAUACAAUUUGCUAGUUAUUUUGCUUCCUUCAAAAUAAGCCUCUUUUGAUGCAACACAAUUCGGUUAGGUUAGAGUGGCUAUUCUGGGUUGGGGCACACUUAGACCAAAGGAUCCGUUGUGACACCGAAAAAGAAUCGACUCAUCUCCGAUCAUUCUCCAUGAAUCAUUUAGAGUUAUUUAAGUACAGCAGGAGUGCUUUGACGUUAAUGGACAAGCCCCAGAGGUCGUCAAAGAAAGGUUGGCUCAAGUGAGCCCACCUCCUCCCGGUAAGAGCUAGACAGUGACAGAGAAUAUAAAUAUUAUCGAAGAUAAUAAAUGAGAACUCUAGGAUAUUUCGAAAUAAAUUUCGAUAGCGAGAAAUUACAAAUUCUUGGUACUUUUUUCAAGUAAAAUCGAUACUCAUGAUCGUAAAAAAUGCAACGUCAUUAAUAACGUUAUCUGGCAAAAAAUUACGAUAGUCAAUUUUUGUAGAAUACGGGGCUCUAAUAUAAAAAAAAAUCUUAGACUUUUGAAGAUAACAAACCAAGCACGCCUUUUGGUGUCCGUUAGGGAAUAAAACAAGCUUCUUGCUGCAUUGAAAACACAAACUGCUAAAUGGUAUUCGAGUACAUUUCACUGUUAGAACGUUAUCUUUUAUGUGCUAAAUGCCUCUUGUAAAAUGCUCAAUCGGAAAAUUCACUAAAUUUGAUUAAUUUUACAUUCCAUUUGAAAUAAGUAUUGUUUACAGAAUGGACCAAUAAAGAAAUUAAUCUUACAAAAAAAAGAAAUGUUCGUUCAUUGCAUGGUAAAUUCUACUAUAUAUUUUGUUUCCAAUUUGUUUCGAAAGAGUGUUCCACGAAGUGUUACGGAAAUGUUAUUAUUAACAAGAAAAAUAAAAUAACAUGUUAACUGUUAUAUUAUUAUAAAUACUAUGCAAUUGUUAUCCAUUAUAUUCUAUGUGUUAAGAAAAAAAAAAUACAAAAAUUAUAGUGAUUUUAGAAAGUAGAAAUGUUUUUGUAAAAUUAGUGUAUAAAAAAGAAAAUCAUUGCAUUGCAAGAAAACAAAUAUUCAUUUUGAAAAAUAAAUUAAAUAAUAAACAGACGAAAAAAAUAUUUUAUAUGUUAUAUUCUAGUGACAUCUAUGUUGUACUGUCAUUUAUUUAUCAUCGAUGUAUAGAAAUGUGGACGAAGUAGGGUUCCCUAGUUAGAAAGUCCGAGAGUUAUAUUAUUUAACACCAGAAACAUACUCAUUGAAGUUCAGAAAUUUUUAAAAACUUCGAAAAUAAACUGUCUUCCACGAAGAAUCUGUUAUAAAUUACUGAAAUAUAUCCCUCCACUGCUUAAAAGAUAUUAGUCUCCCGAAUUUAUGCCCAAGUGUUACGGAAAACAAAUAAAUGAUUUUAACUGAAAUUUCCAAACAGACCCCAGAAACAACUAGAGUAGGGAUGGCAACUAAGGACACCCGUGCUAUUGAUAGCACGCGACACAAUAUUUUGAGCAUGCCACCGAUCACAUAGUUUCACUAUGAAGUACUAUAUUACAAACGAACGCCAGUAAUCUUAUGCUCACGCGGUCGUUUGUUAUUAUAGUAACAUCUUGGUCUACAUUUGCUAAUUUCAAACUUGGUAGACUAAGGAAUAUGGCAUGAUAUGUAGAACUUCGAACCAGAGAGACAGAAAUAAACAGUCAGCGUCUAUGAUUAAAUAUGUUUCAAAAAAUGGCAUACGAGCGCGGCAAGUUACUCGCCUACAAGUGUCAUUGUUCGGCAUAGUAAAACAGAGGGGGAGUUUUUGAAGUAAAUCUGGAUAAUAAAGAUAAGACAUCUUAAAACUGGCCGGAAAUGUAAAAGGUCAACAAAAAAUUGACAUUAAUUUUGCCCUUUUUAUAUAGCUAUGUCUUGACGAAAGCACUGACGUCACUAAACCUGCACAUUUAGCUGUUUUUACUCGAUAUUGCGUAUGAAACGUCAUUAAGGAAGAAUUAAUUGCCAUAUCGCCUUUUCUAACAACUACCUACAAAGGGAAAAGAUAUUUGUACGGCUGUUAAUCGCUUGCUGAGAAAGAAAUUGAUUUGAAAAAAAUUGUUUCAGUAACAACUUAUGGCUCUAAUAGUAUGGUGGACAAAACAAAAUGGUUUUAUUCAAACUAGCUUGGUACUCGCCCGCUUCGCAGGGCUUAGAAGUAAAAACCACCGCAUUAUAGCCUCCACAUCUCUUGCGCUCGGUUAUCCCCCUUCCAUAAUAUUCGAAAUAGGGAUAGGAAUUGUUUUACACAGGUAAAAUAUAUGUACAAUUUUUUUAAAUGAUAUUGUUAUAUAGUCUUGAUUCGGGACGUAGAUACAUAAAGGUUCGCCACACCUGAUCUAAAGCAAUAUUGAUUGUCUAAUUGUCGUGCGAUAUUUUUUACGACAAAUUUAUUACGCGAACGUUACUAAUCCAUUUUCUCUAUACAUCGAAAUUUUUAUCAUAAUGAUAUAAAUUAUUAGAUGUUGAGCUUUAUUUUAAAUAAAAAAAAUUAGUACGAAAAAUAAUAAUAUACUAUAAGUUAUUAGAAUUGAAAAUUUAUACAAAUUGAAUAAAGUAAUAAUUAAAAUGCAGUUAUUGACUUGAAACAAAAUGCUAUAAUUGUUGUUAUGUAUUUAUAAAUAAAUAAAAAAUUGAAUUCAAAAAAAAAAUAAAAACAUUCCUACGUAAACAAGGCCUGUAAAACAAUUAUAAAAUAAAAAUAGUUAAAUGUUUAAAAUAUAGGUGUUGAUUUUUGUAAUUUUUUGCUUGUUGACGAAGAUUUCAUUUUCAAAUGAAAACAAAAAAUAAAUAAAAACCAAAACGUUAUUGUUGACUUAUUACUAAAACGAAAUUAUAAGACAUUUUUUAUGGCAUAAGCUGUAAAUUUUAACAUAAGUGACCAUGGAUAGGACUUCAGAAGUUCUGUUAAAUAUCGAUGCCAACAAUCAAAGGUGUCUUCAAACGUUGAUCAUAAGAUCUAUAAAGUUGAAUGUACGACUUUUCCUAAAAUUGUAUAAAUAAAAUCACAGUCUUAUUUAGCUAAACAGUUUGUUUAGAUUAGAUUUGAAAAUUUGGUAGGCCAUAAUUAUCAUAUGAAUGGUCAAUCUCUUCACUUGUGGAGAAAGAAAAUGCAUGCCUUUACCAAGUGUCCGCUAUUCUAUCGCGCCCAAAAAAAUCGAUAGAUCCAAAACUGAUAAAAUCCUCUAUUCAAGGUCACUAAUUUAUUUAUAUUAUUUUUUAUUUUAAAUAUUUCAGACAAUAUUAGCGCAUAAUGUGAUUUGCAUUAUUGUAAUUGUAAUUAUAAUAAUACGAUAUAGACCACGAGCCAACAACAGAUUUUCAUGACUAGGUCUCUCUCGGACGAUAACUCGUAAUUUGUUCACAGAAUUGUAUCAUGAAGCCUCAUGAACGUCAGCAGUAGUUCCGUAGGUUGAGCAACUGGUGCAUUCGCGAUAAAUGUUCCCAUUUGACUCUUGCGCCCCACUUUUCAAGGCAUCAGCUACAAUUUGAUAAAUUCUCAAUCGGGUGGAAAUGAUUUUUUUUCUACGUGCGUCGAAGGUGCUCAACCCACCCACGAAACAAUGAUACAGUUCUCUGAAUCAUUUUACAAACUACCGCCCGAUAGGAAAUAAUUGAAGACAUUUGUUCCGUGCUCGUAGUCUAUUACAAUAAUUUAAUUAUAAUAAAUUAGUUAAUUUAAUUAGCAAA